UGCGAUUGGUUGGCCCGUUGGAAGUAGGUUCGACGUCGGAUGUAGAUGUGUAGUGAGUGAGGGGACGAGUGCGAGAGAAUUGUUUGCCAAAUGUCUUAUUCCAUUCGGUACAUAAAUAGACAGGUUUAGCCGGAAGAUUUGGCCUCCAGACAGACGAUGAUGGGUUCGUCUAGUUUGAGAUGGUCCGUUGUAGUGGUCUUCCUCGUCGAAUUGGGUUGUCUGCUCAGCAAAGCCUUCAAACAACCGUCCAGAUCCACUCAUCUGCGCUUGAUGCACAACUUUUCUAAUUCGACGGCAUAUUUCCUUGAGAAUGACUACUAUAUAACAACUAACAACAUGAAAGAUGUGCAGCUUGGUUGUAAGGAGUUGCGCUCGAAGAAAUACAUAUCGGAUGGAUAUUGUACCUCUAUUAAGCCUGUAACCGAAGUUGUGUGCGCCGGAAUAUGCCUUCCAGUGGCGGAACUUCCAUGGUACACAGAACUGGUCAGCAGGAGGAGUCGGACACGUUCCUCCGAAUGGCGAUGCGUUAAUGAUUUAGUCCGUCAUAAGCGGGUUCAUUUGAUCUGUCGUUCGGGUGAUCGAAGGACAUACAAGAUAAGAGUCGUCCGAUCUUGCAAGUGUAAGAAAUUCCAAAACCACAGCAAAACUUUAAAGAACGAUAUAUGAGCGUGUCAUUUACUGAUUGAUUGAGAAAUUUGCCAUAAUUACAGAUAGUGAACUGCACAACUUACGAACAUAUUUUUAUAUAGGCCUAUAAAAAACGCACUGUCGAGAUGAAGGACUGGAAGACAAAGCCAGGAUUGUUCUCUUUCGAAACUCUUUCUAUAGCUCGUGCCUUUUUUUCCAAUAACGAGCCUGAUGUAAAUAAUGUAUUAUCUAUUACGUAUAUAUCAUAUAUGUAAUCUUAUGAAAUAUAGAAAAUAUUUUAAAAUUCAAUUCGAUGCUUACUUACGAGGUUUUCUUUCAUAAUUAGGAAGUAGUUUGUUUAAAGUUAAUAAGAUAAUUUAAGAACUUCGACAUAAACAAGUUAAAAAUAAUUGGUACUUUAUCUCUAUCUUAAUCAUUUUGGUUUAUAUAUAAAACUUUCUUAAGAUUACAUUACGUUCGUAUAAUAAAAACUUAUGAGCUUAAAAGUUAUAUCAAGAGAUUUAUUAUAACUUUAACAAAGAUGAAAUAUUACCCAAAAAUCAUUCAAAAUGCUUGUAAAUAUUAAUUUCACUUUUUAUAAUUCCUAGUCAAUUAUCCUUCUACAUUUGUAAUCCAAGACUCGUAUCUAACGAUUGUAUACCAUAAUGUGCUCCACCCUUGCUUACGUAGUCGAGCUGCCACGUGCUUUACAACUUAAUGAAGUGUCAUAAAUCUCUGACUGGCAUGAGAAAUGAGUGAAUUGUAAAUCCACUUAAUAUGAUUUACAAAGUUGGCUAAAUUAAUUUUGUGGCAAAUCGCAAUUAAUUUUUCCGGUAGUCAACGCAAUUCUAGAAAAACUCCAGAAAUAUCCAUCUAGUUCGUUAUCGAUGCUACUACAUCUAUCACAUUAUAAUAAUAUUAUUAUUAUUACAAUAAUUGCUAGUGUUGUAAAAGAGUCAGGUGUGGAUAAAACGUUUAUAGAAAAUUAUUUAAGAUUUAUGAUUCUAUUUUAAAAAAUUUUUUUGCCGAGUUCUACUAUGUUAUUGGGCAAAUAUCCAAAGAUUCCAUAAAUUUCGGCAUGCUUUAAAAGCGAUUUAUGUAGUAGAAUAUAUGUCUACUACUUAUGAGCCAUCGGGCCAUAAAUAAAUGAAAGUCUUGGCUCCUUAAAGUGUGUCAAAUUAUCAUCCUAGUAGUAGAUAAUGUGAGAACUAGAAGAGGAUGUUUUAGACAUAGCUCGUGGCCAUAUCUUUCAUGUAUCGCGUACUAGAAAAUGAUAAACAGCCAGUGAUAAUAUACAGUAAUAAGCAGUUGUCGUCAUUGGCGUAAAAGCCAAGAAUAAUGACUUCGUUUAGCUUAGCAUAUGUAAUAUAAACAAAUAUUUAAUUUUAUUACACGAUGCCAAUUGAAGCAAAUACUUAAAAAUAAGUGUAUAUAAUUCCAUUUGGCAGUUUAAAUAUAAAUAUAAUCCAUGCCAUUCUACAUAAUUCAUUGGUCGGUUGCACUGUUUGUUUAACAAAGUCUACAGAUCUUUAAAAUUGGCAACUUAAUCGCCAAUUUGUAUUCUAGAUGGAUGCGGGAUAACUAACCAUCACGUGUCUCUUUUAGAGAAAUCGGGCGGAGUCGGUCUUAUCAUUGAAAUAUUACCUUCACUAAUUACUCUAUUGAUGCAACAGCUUAAACACCGUAAUGGUUCUUGUGUUCUCCUUUCUGCCAUGCUCAAAUUCCAGAAAUUUGAUAAUUAUCAAGAAACUCUCUUAUCUCUCGUUGAAGAAAAGAGAUCGGUGAUAAAAUUGAGACCUUUACUAAAGUGCUGCCAUCUCUUAUCUAGAUGUAAUAACGGCAUUUUGAAAAAUAGUAUUCAUUAUAUUUUUAAGUGAUGAUAAAAUUACUGUAUAUAGCCUACUUAGUAAAUA